CAGCAAACGGCUCUCCGUUCACGCUCUGCACUUGCAUUCGGUCCUUUUCCGCGGCCGGUAUAUUAGGGCAGCUGUGGUCACCAUAUUAAACUCCUCUCUCACGCACAGCGACCAUGGCCCACCUACACACCCCCGCUCAGCACGCCGUACCCUUCUCGCGUCCCGCGACACCGGGUCAUGUAGCCCAGCACCUCGGAUUCUACGGUCUGGGUGCUAUGGGGUACUUCAUGGCGCGCAACCUGGCGAAGACACGCUCGACGCAUGCCGCAGCCGGUCCGCUCCUGGUCUACAACCGAUCGGUGGGCAAGUGCGAGCAACUGCAGAAGGAGCUCGGAACGGACAAGGUCCAGAUCGCGAAGUCGCCCGAGGAGCUGGUGCAGGAGUGCGACAUCAUCUUCACGAGCCUGGCGAGUGACGCCGUCGUGAAGAGCGUAUAUGAGCAGUUCGCGGCCGCGCUGAAGGCAAAGCCGCCCACGAAGAACAAGAUCCUCGUGGAAAUGAGCACUAUAUAUCCCUCUCUGGCCGGCGAACUGGAUACGCUGUUGAGUGAGAUCCCGCACACACACCUGGUCACCGGACCCGUGUUCGGUCCCCCAGCUGCCGCAGAUGCCGGUACUCUCAUUUGUAUCCUCGCCGGAGAAUACCGAGCAAAGAAGGAGGUGGCGCAUAUUCUUGUCCCAGGUGUGGGCAGGAAGGUUAUGGACCUGGGCGGUAACCUCGAGAAAGCCCCGAUCUUCAAGCUCAUCGGAAAUUCCAUGAUCCUCGGGUCGCUCGAGAUCCUCUCCGAAGCGUUGACACUGUCGGAGAAGACGGGCAUUGGCUCCGGGACCACAUACGAACUGAUCAAGGAACUUUUGCCAGCCCCAGCCUUCAUCAACUACGGCAGCAAGAUGGUGACAGACUCAUUUGAUGGACUGAAGGGCUUUGCUAUCGAUGGCGGCCUAAAGGACGCGAACCACGUUCGAAGACUCGUGACUGAGUACAACGCGCCCAUGCCUGCCGUCGACGCUGCACAUGGCCAUCUCCUCACGGCCCGGGCCAUUCACCAGGAACAGACGAAGCGGGGGGAGCAGGCCUUCGAUGUCCUGGAUUGGAGUGCAAUGGUUGCAGGCACUCGAGUCGCGGCCGGCAUGGAUGCGUUUAGCAACUCUCAGCCUGCGAAAGUUGUCAAGGAGGGAUAGAAGAUGUCAACUGUCGACGUUGUUGUACUUUAGUUGUUGUAGACUCGUAUUCUGUCGGACGUUAACGGAGUUCUGGAGAGGAUGUAUUUCUACCCUUACCGCAGUGUUGUUGUAUCCGUCUUAACUGUACCAGAUUAAAGUCUGGCACAUUGUGGGAUGAUAUCUGUCGCUCUUA